AGAGGCGGAUAUUUGUCACCAUGAAGUGGGCAGUUACGGUGAUGAAGAGAGCGACGGCUGCGAAGAUAAUUGGUUUCUUUAACAUUGAUCCAUUUCUUCCACCUCCCAAAGCACGGGUUAGGUUACAACUGGAUAGAAUAUACGCUGAAGUCAAGCAGAGCACGAAGAAGACGCCGUAAAGAAAGUCCUCCACACAGACUGUGACGAGAUUUGCUGUCACAAGUGGGAGUGCAGACAUGUCGCAAUGCAGAAUGCAGCGGUGACCAGUUAAUGCAACACGGGGGGAAACGAGAGAGGCAGUUAUAGAUGAGCGUGUUAUAAACAUGCGUUUCAAAGUUCGGCACUGACGCUCCAAGGGAGCUAUACAGUAGAACUCAAAGCUUGCAUCUAGAUAAAUGCUAUCCAUAUGUCUUC